AGUGUCAUUUGGAAUAACAGUUCAGUCGUAACGAGAGUGCAAUAGUGGUUAUACUGUAACAUUUGCUCGUAUUAUUUCGGAAUUGGGAACUGCCGAAUUUUUAUAUUAAAUGUGUGUUUUUUAAAAUAGAUUUUAGUUACAGAAGAUCCUCAUAAUGGCUUUCACAUUUGCCAAUAUGAAGUACACGCCGCUUCUGGUGUUCCAAAUACUUCUAAUGGUACUUUACUAUAUAUUUGUGAAAUAUGGAGGCGAAGAAGACCACAAUAUACGAGGUUUUGAAGACACUCAUGUGAUGAUAUUCAUCGGUUUCGGUUUCCUUAUGACAUUUUUGAAGAAAUACUCCUACAGUGCCCUUGGAUUUAAUUGGUUCCUUGCAGCGCUCGUCAUACAAUGGGCUUUACUCUGCCAAUCAUUUUAUCAUAUGAAGGACAACACAAUAUACUUAACAAAAAAAUUGCUAUUGGAGGCAGAUAUAAUGUCAGCUACAGUUUUGAUCACAUUUGGUGCCGUUCUUGGUGUCGCCAGCGGACUUCAGCUGCUUUUCAUAGCUAUUAUUGAAACAGCCGUCGGUUGCUUCAACUUUUGGCUGGUUGCGGACGUCUUUAAAGCAGCUGACGUCGGUGGAUCAAUUGCAAUUCAUGCGUUUGGGGCUUAUUUUGGCCUCGGUGUGAGCUUGGCUUUGAAAGGGAAGAAAACAAAAUCUGAAGCUGCGGAAAAUGUGGUCGACCUGAAUGGUGCGAGCUAUAAUUCGGAUGUAACGGCUAUGAUUGGAUCAAUAUUCCUCUGGAUCUACUGGCCAUCUUUCAACUCGGCACUCACCAAUUCUAACAGCGAGUACCAACGGGCCGUCGUCAAUACGUAUUUGUCUCUUGCAGCUGCUACAGUAACAACUUUCGUCAUGUCUUCAGCAUUGAGCAAGCAUCAUGGUAAACUGGACAUGGUGCACAUACAGAACUCAACACUGGCCGGAGGAGUAGCUGUAGGAUCAGUGUGCAAUAUGUUUAUUGGGGCAGGCAGUGCUAUUGCUAUCGGAAUCGGUGCUGGUUUGCUCAGCGUGCUUGGGUACCAAUACUUAACACCACUACUCACUCGGCUUGGAAUUGGUGACACAUGUGGAGUGCACAACCUUCACGGAAUGCCUGGCGUCUUCUCUGGUAUACUGACUGCAAUCUUUGCCGGUCUGGCGACUAAAGAGGAGUACGGCACUGAUCUAACCGGCGUUUUUGAGGCUAUGAAAGAGGACGGCAUCGCAAGGAGUGCAGGCGACCAAGCUCUCAACCAAUUUCUGUCUUUGAUAGUGACUCUUGCAGUCUCUUUUAUCGCUGGAACUAUCACCGGAUUUCUCGCCCGGGCGCCGUUCUUGGAGCCAUUAAAGGAUAACGAAGAAUACAAUGACGAAAUCAACUGGGAAUUGCCAUAAUCAAACAAAAUUUUUGCUGAAAAAGCUAUGUUUAUAAUGAUUUUUUUUUGUAACGACCUCGAUUUUGGCAGUACUUUUUUAGUUAAGUUUUUUUGUAUUGUGAGAAUAAAGACAAGCUAAACAUUGUCUAAUGACUAUUGAUAUUGUUGUUGUGUUAUUAAAUAAUAAUACUCUUAUAUUUAUUUGGUCACAUAAUCGAUGUCAAUAUGCAAUUGAUUGUAAGUGUAGCUGGUGCUAACUAAAUUAGUAAUACACUCAUUAAACAUAAGCUUUAAUUAAAUCUCUCGGCUUUGUGAUGCGUAGAAGUGUGUUUUUUUAUUAUGUAUACGUUUAAAUAAAUUGCACAAGUAUUAA